CAUUACCAAGUACAGUAGGUCGAGGCGCUUGCCUUUAGUACAGAAGCAUACUCCGUCUAUGUACGUCCGUUUUUACUGUGUGGGUGGGUCCAUGGUAAAAAAGAAUGUUAUUGUAGCCUAUCAUACGAAGGAACUAUGGAUGUACGACCAAGAUAGGUUGUCACAGCAGCGAUUGACUGCCAUAAUCGUAUCAAUGGUCCACUUUAUGGGGAUGUACUCCGAUGCGCAAAACAUCAAAUCAGGAUUCCUCGAUGAGAUGUUUGAUGCUGGAACAUGGAAGGUGCGAAAUAUUUGGGAUGGGGUAAAGCUGGAGGUUGGCGAGGACGAAAGCCCGGUGGUCCUUCACAGUUUUACCCAUUUGGACCCUGACCUACCACUAUUUGAGAGCUCGACACAGGAGAUCGGAGAGGAGGUGGAGGAGGCAGUCUUCACCAUCACCCUGAGGAAAGUGCAGCUGCACCAGUCGGCCAGUAAAGGGCAGCGAUGGCUGGGCGUGGAGACAGACUCUGCUCUCAGCCUGUAUGAGACAUGUAAAGUACGCACCAUUAAGGCUGGUACGCUGGAGAGGCUGGUGGAAUACAUGGUGUCUGCGUUCAGGGGCAAGGACUCCACCUACGUCACCAUCUUCCUCUGCACCUACCGCUCCUUCGCCACCACCCAGCAGGUGCUGGGCCUCCUACUCAACAGGUAUGCCAAGUUUCAGAACCAGCCUGGUAUGGACUUACACAGACACACUCAGGAGGACCACACAGAGAUCAGACACAAUGUGUCAUCCAUCCUGGGGGCGUGGCUGGACCAGUACUCAGAGGACUUCUGGAGUCCUCCACAGUAUAGCUGUCUACACCACCUGAUGUCCUACCUGCACCAACACUUCCCUGGCUCCGACCUGGAGCGCCGUGCACUCAACCUGCUGGCCCUCUUCCACCGCAGGCAUCGGUGUGAGCCGGACCUUAACGUGGAGCAGGUUGGCUGUCCGUUCGCCACGCAGGAAGAGAGUGUCUUUGAGGACGAGCUUCCUGCCCUGAACUUACUGUCCUUUGACCCCAUCAUGGUUGCUGAGCAGUUCACACUCAUGGAUGCGGAUCUGUUCAAGAAGGUGGUCCCCUACCACUGCCUGGGGGGCAUCUGGUCCCAGCGGGAUAAGAAGGGGAAGGAGCACCUGGCCCCCACCAUUCGGGCCACUGUGGCCCAGUUCAACAGUGUCACCAACUGUGUCAUCACCACCUGCCUCAGCAACCCCUGUCUGAAGCCCACCCAGCGGGCCAGACUGGUGGAGCGCUGGAUAGAGGUGGCCAGGGAAUGUCGGAUCCUCAAGAACUUCUCAUCUCUGAGAGCUAUCCUCUCUGCUCUGCAGUGUAACUCUCUCCACCGACUCAAGAAGACCUGGGAUGAGGUGUCCAGAGAGAAUUUCCGCACCUUCCGUGAGCUGUCAGAAAUCUUCUCGGAUGACAACAACUACUCUCUAAGCCGAGAGCUGCUGGUCAAGGAGGGCACCUCCAAAUUUGCCACCCUGGAGAUGAACCCUAAACGAGCACAGAGGAGACACCAGCAGCAGAGAGACUUGGGGAUGAUGCAGGGGACCAUUCCUUACCUGGGCACCUUCCUCACUGACCUGGUCAUGAUGGACACGGCUAUGAAAGACUUCACAGAGAGUGGACUUAUCAACUUUGAGAAGCGACGAAAGGAGUUUGAGGUAAUAGCUCAGAUUAAGCUUCUGCAGUUGGCGUCCAACAACUACAGUUUCACCCAGGACAGCCUCUUCAGGGAUUGGUUCUCAGAAGUGGAGAGACUCAGUGAGACAGAGAGCUACACUCUGUCCUGUGAGAUUGAACCGCUGUCUGAGUCUGCCAGCAACACUCUCAGAGCCAAGAAGAACGGGGGCAUCAUGAAACGCUGGAGCGAUCGCCAGUUAACUGAGGCCAGCUGCAGCAGUGCAGGAAGCUCCCACUCCAAGUCGUUUGACCAGUCUCACUUCAGACUGUACCAGGGAGGGGGAGUUGAUAGUGGGGACACCCUCAGCGUCACCUCAGCCGGCUCCAGCGGCUCUGACCUGGAGGAUGUCAACUCCAGCUUCCUGUCGGACUCACCGGACGCCCAAGAGAGAAAGAGCUCUACAUCCUCAGUAAAACAUUCAGCCUCUGCUUUGGGGAAAGAGUGGCAGACUCCUGAUCCCAACUUCACGUUUUGGGAGUCCACCUCCCUGUCAUCUCUAGACACCUCAGGGAUGGGUUCCGGUUCAGGCUCCAGCAGUGCUUCGUCCUCCUCGGUGUCCUCCUCCACUCCUCUCCCAGGCGCCUCCCACUCUCACAAGCGCUCAGUCUCAGCCGUAUCCUGCUACUCCACCCUUUCCCUGCCCCGCUACAACCAGCAGGUGGAUGACUGCUGCAUCAUCAGAGUCAGCCUGGAGGUGGACAACGGCAACAUGUACAAGAGCAUCCUGGUGACCAGUCAGGACAAGACGCCAGCAGUCAUCAGGAAAGCCAUGGUGAAACACAACCUGGAGCGAGAGAAAGCUGAGGACUAUGAGCUGAUGCAGAAAAUCUCUGAAGAAAAAGAGCUGCGGAUCCCAGACAAUGCCAACGUUUUCUAUGCCAUGAACUCUACCGCCAACUAUAACUUUGUGCUGAAGAAACGUACCUCAUCCAAGACAGGCCGGGCCAAGAGUGUAGCCAGCUCGACGCUGCCCCGCAUGAAGCAAAAGGGCCUGAAAAUUGCCAAAGGGAUCUUCUGAGGGCGAGUGCCCCAGCUCUCUGUCAGUCUUCUGGAUUAAGGCCCUCUAAAUCCACCUACACUAAAGUAUCUGAGAACUACACUAGAGACGGAGCCUAGUGAAAAACAAGAACUGUCUGCAUGUAUCAUAAGCAGGCAGCAAAGCAGGAGAAGCAAUUACCGGUAUCAACACAAUUGUGUCCAGACCAGGACUCUCCAGACAAGCCUGAAGAGACUGGUGUCUUCUUGGCUCAGGCCUUGAUUAUUGGGAGCUUAACAAUGUGCUGUCCCUAACCCUCCGUGCCUGAGUUUGGCAAUGGUGUUUACAGAUAUUUGGAAUAUCUGGUCAUGUUAAAUACUCUCUCUGACUCUGUGAUGAUAAGAGGGGUGUUAGUAAAUAUAGUAAAACAGGAGCACAAGGAACGUACAGAAAACUAAAGUGGCCUGGUGUGAUUAGAUAGAGAGGUGCUCCUUUGUAAGUUUGAAGAGUUUACUGCAGAUGCUGCCAUAUUGAAUAUAGGUUAAAGUCUGUGCCCAUUUCAGAGCAAACAAGGUGUGAAUAGGUGUACUCUCUAUUAAGAGCAGCCAAGAGACACAUCUUGUUAUAUUCAAUUAUAACCACUACAAGGAAAAAGGAUUUAGCAAUGGAGCUCAAUAUGCUCAAAAUAAACAUUAGAAAGAUUACAGAGAGUUAGGUGUAAAAUAAGAGAAAAACGUGAUGGAGAUACAGUAUUAUGGUAUUUAAGAAAUACCAAACUUCACAGCAUAAUAUCAGCAUUACUUUGCAAUGGACCUUUAUGUUUGACGAUGUUCCCAUUACAGUUAGGCUAUUGCUUUAGUUGUUUUUGCCACCAUUUCCUUUGCUAUGGGGCUGCUGCUAAAUAUACAUUUUCUAAAGGUCAAUAAUUCACCUUCAUGGGGGGUGAGGACAGGCAUGACUUUGGGACUUUCAUACGACUGCAUGGUAUUGAGUAUCACUGAGUGAUUCAGGGGCUCAGAGGACAGCAUUUCAUACCACCCUGUCCCUACUGGACUAUCUCUGUAUGGAAAACAAGGGUUUACAUCCCAUUACUGACAGUGGGAUAGUGGUAUCAUGUAUAAUCUGUAACUGCCUGAUGAUUCCCCUUAUGGCUGCCCAACCAUGCAAGAGGAGUUAACGAUCCUCGCCUCAGAAGAAAGCAGUGCAUCAAACCCCAAACAAGCUUCUUCUUACUUACAAGCAGACAAGAGUGAGAUGAAUGACACCAACUCUGAAAUUAUUACAAGCAUGAUAGUGGUCUUUUCAUGUCAUAGAAUAGACGACCAAAAAGUUGUCAUUUCACUGACAAUGCCUUUAUUGCUCAGUGCUGUAUGCUGGUCCCAACCCCUUCAGUUGCUUUUUAAAUGUGUGUCAUUUCCUUGAUGACCAUGGUAGGACCAUAGAGAUGAGUAAUAGCAGCAUGGUAGAGACUCCCCCGUGAUGUUACGAGUUCUUUUUGGGGGGACCUACAUAGCAUAAUGAUUGGUUAUCUCUUCUGGGCUGUGUCACUGAGGUUAUUCAAUUAAUGCUCCGGACUUCCCCGGGUGAAUUGGGUUAGCUUUAAUUGCAUUAGUUUUGUAACCGGGUUGCCUCCUAGGAGUGAGCCAUGUACCCCGUUUUGGCCGAUGGCGAAGUUGGCUCUAAACAAAAGUGACGUAGGUUAAGCACAUGGUUUAAUGACUAGGAUUCUGUGUUUUCACAUGCAGAAGUGAUUGCUUUUGAUUUUUAAAAAAAGGCUUUAACUGCCUUCCCAAUGAAAACUAAUUAGAAGAUUCAAACAUAUUUUAUGGAAAAAGAGAUGUAUGUUUCUGAACGAUUCAUGAUGCUGCCUUGUUGACAACAUGACCGAGCGGCACAAAUUACAAUUCGAUUUGAGAAGGGUUCUCCUCCCUCACCGCUUUGGCCCAUUCACGUCAUGGUCCAUAGCCUGGUGCACUUAAUCGAACUCCCUCACUGUGAUUUGCUCCCUUACACUGUGAUUGGGUCUUUGCCGAUUGCUCCGAUUGGCUCUCUUCUAUGCAGAGCACUGUGAACACACAUUCUCUCUCUUUCUCUCUCUCCAUUACGACACGAUUAAAUGGGGAAAACUCAACCCUGACGGAGAAUAGAUAGAGGUCCAUGUGGUGGUAGAAAAUAUUUCAGGCCAUGGAGAAAGGUGGCUGGUUUACCCCUUCCUAUAUGUACCAAAGAGAUGAGUAGAGUGGGGGAGGGAGGGAGGGAGGGAGGACGAGGGGUCUGUUACUCUCAAAAUACAAUGUUUGUUUCAUUUCUCUAUCACUUGCUUUUUCUCGGGGAGAUUGCCAUUUCUGAGUGUUAUGUUCUGAACACUACAACAACAUUCUAAGAACCUCAGAUAUACUGUUCAAGCCUAGGUGGCAGUGUGGUUAUUACUGGUUACCCUUGGAGAAACUGAACCACUUAGCAACAGGAACUAAUUUGACUCUUGACAUUUGAAAUGGUUCAGUAUGUUUUAUGCUUUACCUAACUGUGUGUUUACUACCACUUGACUGAUCACUGAUUGUUUUGUGGUGUUAUUCAUAAUUUACUGGAGUCUGCUUUGCUUUACCUGGAAUGACUGGUCCUACUCUGCAUAUUACUUUGGCAGUAUCUGUUGCCGUUGCCAUUAUCAUAGAGUUAAAAACCUUUAUAUGUAUUUGCAGUGUCUUGUCUCAUGAAAAUAUUAAGAUGUCAUAUGGAAUAGUCUUUGUUUCUAUAUUUGAUGACCUGGCGUUAUUUAUUGGUUUGUACAGAGAUUUCGCUAUGCAUUGUACAUUAUUGCCUCUUAUGUAAUUAUAGAUUCAUAUAUAUACUCAUGUAUAUACAAAUAAACACUUAUGUUUACAAAAGUCAA